UUAAUAGAACAUGUCGCAUCACACAGUGUCUGCGCAUUUGCAGCGUGUUACUGGGCGCAUGUGUUGCACCUUUUUUCUUCUGAGAACAGAGACGUAAAAGGAUAUCAGUGGUAUCAGAGCAGACCAGGAAGAGAGAGCCAGUCUUUAGUGGGCUGGGAUCUCUGACAGACUCAGUCAUGGCUCCUCUCCUCUUCCUCCUCCACGUCUUCUUCAUUAGGCUGCCAGGUGGUGACAGUGUGAGGACAUUCGAGUAUUUAACUGCGCAGAGUGGAGAAUCUCUCACCAUCCCAUGUUUCUAUGAUCAGAAGUAUAAAGACCAUGUGAAAUACUGGUGUAGAGGGAAAUUAUGGUCCUCCUGUACAAUCAUGAAACGCACAGACUCACCAGAGGGCUCCAGAAAAGUGUCAAUCACUGAUAAACCCGCUCAGUUAGUUUUCAAUGUCAACAUGUGGAACCUAAAUACAAGUGACACUGGUAUCUACUGGUGCGCUGUAGAGAUUGGUGGUAAAAUGGAUGAAUGUACGUCUCUGUCAAUAGAGGUUAAAGCUGCUCAGAGUGUGAGGACUGUGAGCUGGGUAUCUGCAAAGAGAGAAGGAUCUGUCACCAUCCCAUGUUACUAUGAUCAGAAGUAUAAACACCAUGUGAAGUACUGGUGUAGAGGGCGUGACUGGAACUCCUGCUCCACAUUGACACGCUCUGACUCCAAGCAGACAGCAGGGAAAGUGUCACUCAGUGAUGACCCCGCCCACUUGGUCUUUUAUGUGACCAUGAGCAACCUGCAGGAAACGGACUCUGACACUUACUGGUGUGCUGUGGAGAUUCACAGGGCAGCAGAUGAUUGUGUCUAUCUACAGCUGAUGGUGAUGGAAGCAAAAGGAGUUUCACAAACGCCCAAACAGGGAGAGCUGACUACAGCUUUACAGCAGACAGAAAGUAUUACUUCAUCUGCACAGCAGGGAGACGGUUUAACUUCAGCAACAAACCACCCAACAGGAUGGGCUGUGACCACACGUCCCUCUGGUGCCUUGACUUCCACCACUAAUGAGGAUUCUUCCACCACACAGUCACCAAGUCAGAUGCUCCUUCUGCUGAUUCUGAUGCUGCUACUGUUGCUGGUGGCCACUGUCAUGGUUAUCUGGAUUCUGCGAAGAAGAACCAAAACGCUGAUCAGUAACAGAAACAGACCCAGCCACCCUCAGACCACAGAUACUGGAGAUGAGCUGGUCUACAGCAGCAUGGUCUUUAAGGAACCUUCAGCCCAAAGUCCCUCUGUAGACCCCGGGGAUAAAAUGACAUUCAGCAGAGUAACUCUCCAGGACAAGCAGGAAUGCCCCCCCUCUGAUGUGACUUAUGCUGCUGUGGUAUCGAAGAAGGAUCGGAUCUCUUGAAGUCCUUCUUUAAGUCUGUCUGCUGCCUGCAAUGUCCUCAGAAAAGGGGAAGUGUAUCUGAAGGAGACGCCAUUUGUGGUUAUUUGUGUUCUUCCCCAUUUGAUGACCCGUCUAACCCCCCCCCCCCCCCCCCACCACCCCCAAGACUGCCUGGGUGCAUCUUAAAAUGUGUCACUUUAUCAGACCUUUUUUUUUGGAGGAACUAACUGAGUUGUUUGUCUUGACAUGAGGAAAAUUUAUAUUUUUUUUCCAGUUACUAAACUGCAGUGAAUUAUAUGUUAUCUCUUAAUGCUUGUUAUUAAAACUGAGAAUACAUAAAGCAACGUGGGUAACGGGAAAGGAGAGUAUCUCUGGCAUUCAGCCACGUUACUAUUCAGCUGCCCCCACAUCUGACUGAAAAUUAUGAUAGCCUCCCUAAAUUUAACUUUCGACAUAGUGUUUGGCACGUGGCAAAAGUCUUGCUUUUUGGGAAUUUCUGUUUUUGCAUUUUGUUUCUGUUUUCAAUCCGUGGUUGAAUCCUUGGAUGCUGAACUUACGGAUACUGAGGGCCAUCUGUAAUCAUUUUUGUGUCUCGUUACCGAGUAUAUUUAUUUAGUCACUCCCUCAAUGUACUAAACAGUCAAUAAUAGAACCUGAAACCACAGGCCUGGUGAGACUCGCCAUGGCAACAGGACAAGUGAGACAGUUUAGUCCUUCCUGUGACCCAGUACCUGUUUGUUUUUUCUGUGCUUUUUUCCCCUUUUUGAGGCUGUCUUUCAUUUUCAGUCAUCUCCAGUGCCCCCCCCCCCAUCAUCCCCAAAUAAAUGCCUGUUCCUUCCGCCCA